UAUAAUUAUUUUAAAUAAGAUUCAGAUCAGAUAAGAUAAAAAGAUUAAAAUACAUAUCAGAUCUAAAAUUUCAAAUCAGAUUAGAUAAAAAAGAUUUGGAUCAGAUCAGAAAGAUUCAGUUCAAAUCAAAUUAAAUGAAAAAAGAUUCAGAUCAUAUCAAGUAUUAAAAAAUUCACACCAGAAAUUUUAAAAUUAGGCGAAUCAAACCGAUUCUAAGUUAGUUGAUUUAAGAGCCUGUUUAGUGACCAAUUUUUUCAGCUUAUCAGGCUUAUCAGACGGCUUUUUCACCAAACACGUAAUUUUUAAUUUCGCGCGCUAAUUUGUUUUAUAGCAGAUAUAAAUAAAGAUGAUGCUAAAUCAAAUUGCACGAUUUUCCAGCCAUGUUAAGGAUUUCUAAAUGUUUGGGUAAUUCCAAGUACUACAAAUAUUAGCAGAUAGAGUAGGAUCCGAUAAAAAAAAGUGAACAUCCAUUUUUAAUAUUUGUGUAUGCUUCUGAAUACUGAGAGUCUGAGACAAUCGUUGUUAAGUGUAAAAAAAACUUUUCCUAGCUAACUCUCUAGAGUCUUCCUCUAGAGUCAUAGCUAGGAAAGUAGUUGAGGCAACUUAAUUAUUAUUGCCUCUAAAAGACCUUUUAGCAUUAGAUAAACUAUAUAUAGUUGCCUCUAAUUGGGUAAGCUCUAAAUUACUUAUGAGUAUUGUCAUUCAAGUUAAUUUUUAUAUUUUUGUUGCUAAUAAUAAGUUUUUGCAAGGACAAAUUUGAUAUUGGACUUGACGAUGCUGAAGAUGAAGAACACUAUGAAAUGAUACUAGAAAAGAGAAAAAAAACAUUGAUGAGAUCUUUGAAUAAGAAGUACCGAAACUACAGAGCAAGAUUAAAAAGGAUGUAUUAUGAUACAGAAGAUACAGAUGCAGAACGAUUGAAGGAAAAAAAUAAGCCACCAUGUGUUGACAAAAAAGAUUGGAAAUGGCUUGUUGAGUAUUUUGGAUCUCCAAAUUUUCAGAAGAAGAGUAAACGAAAUACGAACAAUCGCUCAUGCCAACUUGCUGGACACACUGCCGGUACAAAGAGUUUUGCUCAAGUUGUUCAAGAAAUGCUUGAAAAAAAUCAAGUAAUGCCCAGCAUGCUAGAAGCGUACGAGGCAACUCAUACUAAAAGUGACAACACACCUGUGAAUGAUUCUGCCAAAGCAACUAUGUCAAAAAUGAAAGAGCUUCUGGAGCAACGUGCAGCGGGAGAAAUCAAUAUGACUGAUGAGGAAAUCUAUGCAAAAGUUAAACCCACAAAUAAUCGUGGACGAGAUCGUGGCACGGGAGUAAGUCCCUCCAUUACAUCAUUGUAUGGGUCAUAUAGUGAAGGUGAAAAGUUGCGUAAGGAAGCUGAAGAGGCCAAGAAGGAAGCUACAGAGGCUAAGAAAGAAGCAUACGAGGCCAAUGAAAAAAAUAAAGUGUUGACCGAAGAGGUGAAAAAUAUGAGAAGUUGUAUGGAGAAGUUCUUGAACAUGGUGGGAUAUGAUUUUUCAGAAUUAAUAAAUAAUGAGGCGGACCAGGAUGACACUGAAGUGGAGACGGAUGAGGAAGAUGAUUGAAUUCUCCAAAGUGAAUUUGUUCUCGCAUUUAAUUAUAAGUCGCUCAAUCAUAGUGCUUAGUAGGCCUGGUAGUUUCAUACUAUUUAGAUUUUUUCAUAGGUCUUUUGUUGUUGAGUAGUUCAAAAAGAG